AUGUUGGACUUGGAUUGGUGCAGAGCAUCUCCAUGUUACGUACAUGCCGGUGUCGCUGCCCUGAUCCAUGACAGGUUUGCUGUUGCCAUGUCCAAACCCACCACCGAGAUCGACCUCUCCGGGUUUGGGCUCGAGAGACUGCAGCACAUAGGCCGCGGGCAGUAUGCCAGUGCACAGCUGGUCAAAGAGACGGCCAGUGGACAGACCUUCGUGGCUAAAUGCAUCUCCUUGGCGGCAUUGAACGAGCAUGACCAGGAUUUGGCACAUCAAGAGGUCUUUCUCCUGCAGACAUUGAGCCACCCCUACAUCGUCGCAUAUCGGGAUAGCUUUCUGAUUGAAGGGGCGAACACUUUGGUAAUUGUGAUGGAGUAUUGCGGCGGCGGCGAUGUUCGCAAAGCCAUCAAGGACAAAGCAAAGGAAGGCGGCCACUUUACAGAGGAGCAAAUCAUGACUUGGUUCGUCCAGCUCUGCUUAGCGCUGCAGUACAUCCAUUCAGAGAAGGUAUUGCAUCGAGACUUGAAAACCUCCAACAUCUUCUUGACCGAAGAUGGCUCGGCCAUCAAGCUUGGCGACUUUGGCAUCUCACGUGUGCUGGAAGGCACCACCGAGGCCGCCGUCACUAUAGUCGGAACGCCAUACUACAUGUCUCCCGAAGUUUGUCGAAGCGAGCCGUAUAACUGGAAAUCCGACAUCUGGGCUUUGGGAUGUGUGCUCUACGAGUGCUGCAUGCUGAAGCAUGCCUUUGAGUCUUCCUCCUUGCUGGGCCUCGUCUACAAGAUUGUCAGUGACCAUUAUGAUCCGAUUCCGUCUUUCUAUUCGCCAGAGCUGAAUGAUCUGAUCAACAAGCUGCUGAUGAAGAAUGCCGAGUCCCGGCCUUCAAUCAACGAGCUCUUCGCCAACCCGUACGUCAAGGCUUACCUGGCGAAGCAAUCGGCCCCUGUGGCCGCCCCGCCGAGCCCUCCGUCCUCCUUGGAGCCGGCUGGCAAGAAGACCACGCUGAGGCCCGGAGGAGCAGCGAAGCCGCCUCCGCCUCCUCCGCCACCUCCCAAAGAGUCCCCGCCCGCACCCGGCCCUGCCCCUCUUGCGCCAGAGUCUAAGAUCCUGGUGAUCAUCGCGCGAAUCCGGCGACGGCUGGUGGGUCAAAAGCUGAACUGGAUCUCGUCCUGUGCAUCCUUCGAUGAUGAUGGCGACGGAGCGCUCACGCCUGACGCUAUGGGCCAUGCUCUGAUGACGAUGCCCCUAGGCCUCUCUGACGAUGAGAUCAAGCAGUUGACGUCAGCUUUGUCUCCAUCACCUGGUGCCAAGAUAUCCCUGGACGCCUUCAGUGCGUACCUACAGGAGGUGGCAGAUGAAGUGAAGCAGUACGAAACUUGGGCCCGGCAGGUCCUGGCGCCGCCGGGAAAGCGCCUCCACGAUCUGCUGCGGGCGAAGGACAUCGAGCGCAGCGGCACUUUGGCCCCCAGCAUCUUCCAAGACACGCUCCAGGAGCUUGUUCCCGUGCUGACUCCUCCACAUCUCGACUUGCUGGCCUUGCUCGCCGACAAGAACUGCUUAGGCGACGUGGACUAUGGUGAGUUCCUGGACACGUUUGGCGCUCCUGUGGCCCCGCCAUCGUCCGGGGCCCAGAGACAAGGAGAAGGUGACCCACAGUGA